GUCGACUAGAUGUAUGAAACGCAGAGAAAUGGCCGAAACCAACGAAAAGUCAAAUUUGUUGGAUGAAAAGACAAAGAAUGUUGCUGCAAAAGACGUAGAAAAACUGGAUAAUCUUCCAAAUGACACGACUGACAUGGAUGAACAAGAUAAGAAAGAAAACACGAGAAGAAAUAGAGCUGGCGGGGAAAAGAGAAAAUUGUACGAGGUUAUGUUAUUAGAGGAAAUCCCAGAGACCAAGCGACCUAACGAACCAACGCACGCCGUACUGGAAGGUGAACUUGGAGAAUGGGAGGUCGAUGGUCAAAGCAACCAAAAUGUAAGAAAUCAUGCUCUUAUUCAUUAUAUUGCUGAUCUCGCCAACUCCAAUAAUCCAGAUGAUGUAUUUGAUUAUGAUUUCGUGGAAUCUUUGCUGCUGAAUGGCGCCGACAUCAACUGCAUGGAUCCAACUAGGCAAACGAUCUUCCACGAGGUGUCAAGAUCCUGGAAUACGGAUGUGGCGAAGUUUCUUGUGGAUCAAGGUGCCAAUGUAAAUCACCAAGACAUGUAUGGUCGUUCACCACUCCACGUUGCUGCAGCUGUUGACUACGCCAGCAUGGUGGAAUUUAUCCUCCAACAUGGCGGAGAUGUUAAUAUCAAAACGAAAGGAGAAGAACAAACUGCAAUAUAUUACGCAGCGAAAAAUGACGCCAUCAAAUCCCUGCAGAUGUUGCUAGGAUACGGGGGCAAUAUCGAUGCUCGUGAUUACAGGAAUCGUACACCCCUACAAGUUGCGGCAGAAAUGAACCGUUUCAAAGCCGCCAAACUUCUUGUGAGUGAAGGAGCUCCUGCCGGUGUCUAUGACCACAUGGGAAAUUCUGCGUUAUCACUGCUCAUUGAAAAGAUCCCUGAAGUGGCACUCAUAGCACUGGAUCAAUUUCACACAGUAGAUUACAUCAACAGAAGGGAGUUUUACUUUCUCAAUUACCUGGAAGGAGCAAAAUUACAGGACGGAUUACAAGAAACUCCAGCACGCUCCCCUUUAGAGAUUGCCGUUCAAAAUGAAAGGUUUGACGUCAUUAUGCAUCCAGUUAUGAGGAGACUUAUAGCGGUCAAAUGGAAGAUUUAUGGAAAGACGGGAGCAUUUUUGGAUCUUGGUCUGAAUCUGAUCUAUACAAUACUCUGGACUGUUGAGGGUGUAACGAUGCCAAGGAAUGGACACGAAUUAUAUUUGCCAGUCAGAAAAAAUGCUUGGAGAUACGCUGUUGAUAGUUUGAUCCUCCUGUUCACAUUAAUGGAGAUUAAACGACAGAUCAAACGGACAAUCAACGCUAGACGAGAACUGGUAAAAUGGCGUGAAUGGCGCGCUGAACAACUACAAAAAGACAAACAAUUUUGUCAUCCAAGAUGGCCACAAGAAAGCAAGCAUCUCGACUCAGAAAUUGCAGCAGUGAAAGGCCUUAGUCUUGUUUCGUCGUCUGAUAAGUGGGUUUACUUUGACUGGAUUUGUUUGUUUCUUAUCCUGGCGACCAUUACUACCAAUAUUCUGUUCUUUGAGGAAGAUUCUCAAAUUUGGAAAAACAUUAACAACCACACAACCGUUGCGAUGUUGUUAAUUCUUUGGCUCAGAAUGUUUAAAUACGCAAGACCUUUUGAAAACGCAGGUCCGUUCGUCGUAAUCUUCAGUAAUGUUGUUGGAGACAUUUUGAAGUGGGCCGUCCUGAACAUGAUAAUAAUCAUUCCUUUUGCUUGUGCAUUUUGGAUCGAGUUUGGAUUCAAUUCCAGCAACCCUGCUGAAGGAUACACUGAUGUCUCAUCGUUACUAUACAACAUCUUCCAAAUGAUGAUCAUCGGAGAUUACGGCUGGGAAAAACUCAAAGCCGCCAAUCAAGGAAUGGCGCGGAUUUUGUGCAUGUGUUUUAUUUUGGUUGCAGGAAUCAUCACACUGAACCUGCUCAUUGCUUUAGUAUCGAACACGUUCGAACGCCACUACGAAAAUGCUGUUGCGAAUGCAGUUAUGCAGCGCGCAAGUACGAUUUUGCUCCUCCAGUCACGGAUGGGGUACAAAAAACGGAAACAAUAUUACGAGUUUAUUAAAGCCAACGCAAGUCCGCAAAUAAUUCAGCAGAAAUUCGGACGGCUCAUGGCGUCGAAUCCCGAAGACAGGGCGAAUAUUGAACGAGUGUAUGACGACGUACGCCAGAUUAAAAGUGUCCUAGAUGAACGGUUUGGGAGACGUUAUGGAAAGGGAAAUAAAUCCGAUUUGGAAAUUGUUCGUGAAGAUUUGGGGAAAAUCAAGAAGUCAGGAAAAGAGUUAACGAGAGCAAUAAAGAAUAUUAAAUUGAUAUUGUAUGGUAUUGGAGGGCAACCUGUGUCACCAGGGCUUCCAGGAGAUCGAAAGGAUCUGUGCAGAAUGAGCAGUGCAGAGACCUGCAGAAUCAGGCGAGAUGACAAUGAUAGCGAUGAAGGUACUUUGAGAAAGAUGAAGAAAAACAUCGGUGGCAAUAACACUAACAACAACAAUUACAACAACCGCAACAACACGAACAAGAAUAAUGACAGCUACAAUAACAACGAUAACAACAAUAACACUUACAAUCCAAACAAAAAAUCUCAACAAUACCCAAGUGAGAGCAACGUUGAAAACAUGUCCCACCCAAGAAAAAAAAGAAGUCGAAAUCGUUCGCGAAGAUCAAAAAUGCCUGAGCCAACUUCAUCUGCUGAUUCUGACGAUGAUAGCAUAAGUUGCCAACCUGGAACACCGUUUCCAUUCACAUCGCGUGAUUUUAAGGAAGACGCUCAUCGGCGCAGAAUGGAGAAAAGUCAAUUUAAAGGAAACAGCAGACUCAAACGAAUUGGUGAAGAAAAUUGGAAUAGAGGUGAUUAUAAUCAAUGGCUGCCUUAUGACCACUUUGGAGAACAAGAUAUUCAACACUUUUCACCAAGAUCAGAAAGGAGAUAUGUGGAUCCGCAUUAUGGAGGACAUGAGUCUCCAAUACCUAUGCAUCCUAGUAUAAACGUUGUUUAUCCCAGGCAUCGAAGAGAAAGCUCCAUUCCUUAUUACCCCGAAGUGUCCUCGCAAACGAGAAGCCUACCACCAACAUUCAGCCCACAACAUGGAAGAUCUUUAGUUAGCCUCCACCAACGAAGGUUAGGAGCUCAGAUGGGUCCCUACCCACAAGAAUAUUUGAUGCAGUCAGAUGAUUUUGGUAGCUCGAGUGUAUACAGAAGGCCGUCUAGGGACGUUUUGAUUCGAUCUGCUACACAACGAAAUGACCCAGGUUCCCAAUAUUCAGACUCCGAUUACAAAUCAACAGAGCAAAGACAACGUGGCGGAAUCACAAAGUCUGAGGUUCCGCGUCAGGCAGGUGCCGGAGGUCAGGUCUCAAAAAACCAGGGUGAAGAAGAAAUAUUGCAAAAAAGACAACGUGAGAAUUCUGUCUCCAAUGUUAAAAAAUAUAGCGAAGAGGAGGUAAAAAGUGAAGAAUCUGUGAAAGGGACGAAAAACGAAAGUAAUUGCUAAAGCUGAAGCAUGAAAAAGAAUCGCAAAAAAACAUGCAUGCACGAUAAUACAAAGGCACUAUAAUUACAGACAUUAAAAUAUUUCAAGUUGUAGUAUCUAGCACAAUAAACGCGUUGAGUAGUAAAAAGAGGGGAACCCACGUUGAAAUUAUUCAUAUAGAAAUAUGUAUGAUAAAAAGAGUAGCUUUAUGUAGU